AACUAAUAUUAGGGCUUACAGACACCAAAAUAACGAAUAUUCUAUCUAGGGCAUAUUCAGCGGCAUCGUCUGGCUAUGGCGCCCCACGCUCUCGACUCCAUUCCUACAAUCGAUGUGGAGCCACUGGUGAGGCGAUUCGAUGAUCCCGGCCUUGGCGCUUUUCCGGAUGUGAGAGACGUGAUCGAGCAGCUCGAUCACGCUUGCAGGAACAUUGGGUUCUUCUACGCGGCAGGCCAUGGCGUCUCUCGAGAGCUUAUGGACGAUGUCCGGAGUUUAAGCCACGAAUUUUUCAAGCUUCCAGACUGUGACAAAAUGCGAAUCAAGAUGACUCCUUCGAGCGGCUAUCGGGGAUACCAAAAGCUUGGAGAAAACGUAUCGUAUGGCAUGCACGACUGUCACGAAGCCAUUGAUUACUUUCGAGAACUUGGACCAGAGAUCCAGGAUCUAGAACUCGCAAAAACGGUGAUGGGUCCAAACCAAUGGCCAGAGAAUCCAAAGCGUUUUCGUGCAGUGAUGGAGGAUUACGUUGAUCAAUUGCGAGGAUUGUCAAAGGCGAUAUUGCGAGGGGUAGCACUGGCUUUGGGUGGCGAAGCUGACACUUUUGAGGGCUCCAGAGCUGGGGAUCCAUUCUGGAUACUGCGAGUCAUUGGUUAUCCACCGAAAGAUUCACUGGAGAGUCCAGAAAGUUUUGGAAUAGGAUGUGGUGAACAUACUGACUACGGUGAGAUUUGGAUCGAUAUCAAUUGGUCUUUUUUUGAGUUCUUUGUUCUUACAGGUCUGCUCACUCUUGUCAAUCAAGAUCCUGAAAUUCCUGCUCUACAGGUGAAGAACUGCUCAGGAAAGUGGCUGUGGGCGGAUCCUGUGCCAGGAACGUUUGUUGUCAACAUUGGUGACAUGCUAAAAAUCUGGAGCAAUGGAACAUAUCAGCCUACUCUUCACAGAGUGCUCAACAGUGCCAUGGAUUUCAGAGUUUCUGUGCCAUUCUUCUACGAGCCAAAUUUCGAUACAAAGGUGGAGCCUUUAAGUUUUUGUCUUGGAAACUCUAAGGAGGAGGAGAAGCCAGUCGUCUACGGUGAACAUCUCGUGAAAAAAGUCCUCACAAACUUUGCUUGAGAAAGCUGGGGUUUUUGUCCCUCCGAUUGAUCCAAAGCUCCCUCGAUCUUGCCACAGAAAAUUCGAUCCCAAAUCAGUAGAAGUAUCCCAAAAUCCGGCCACCAAGGUUCUUUUUCUUGGCUUCUCGGUGAUCCAUGACACCCAGGAAAUUCGUGAUCACAAGGUGACCAACCUUCCAAGAACAAAAAAGGAUUUUAGCAUAAAGAAAAUUCAUACUUCUUAUUCUACCUC